AUGGAGGUGCAUAAUGAUCCACUUAAUGCUCCGGUUGAUGGUCCAACACAAUGGCCUCUGCGACAUUUAGAACAGCUUCUAGAAGAGCUUGUGGCAAUUGCUGCAAGUUUUAACUGCAACGGCGUAAGCCGUUAUUGUCACUUGGCACCUAAUAACGCUGUUAUUGUGGCUGCAACACCGCUCUGCAUCGGCGGUUUUAGGCGUUAUAUUGUUGGCCGUAGUCACGGUGACAAAGGGUAA